AUGCCGCGCUCGCCCUCCCCAGACCGCGAAAGGAGGCGCUCCGUCUCUCCCCGCCGCGACAGGUCUGAACGCGACCGCUCCCGUUCCCCGCCUGCAGCGAAGCCAUGGUCGCAGAAGCGCGCCAAGGAGCUGAGCUUCUACAAAAAGGGCAGCGGCGGAGGCGGGUACAGCAGCGGCCCAUCGCGGGGCACGACUAUCGGUGAUGUGGGCGAGGAAGAGUCGGCCAAGGAACGCGCUCAGCGUCGCGAGCGCGGAGAGGUGCCCAAGCGCUUUGGUGGCAGUCGCGAGCAGGGCGUGCGUAACACGAUGGGCAACGUUGUUGCCCCAGCUGCGAACAGCGCCGUCGGCUCGUUCAAGCGCAGCCACGAUCCCCUCGACCGUCUCGACCAGCGCAAGGAGCGGAGGGAGCGUGCAGACAGGGACGAUUCCGGCCGUGGCGGCGACCGCGAUAGGGAUUAUCGUCGCGACGACCGAGACCGCGGCGCGCGGGACUCGCGCGACUCGUACCGCCGCGAUGACCGGGACCGCCGGGAUCGCGAUGACCGCGACAGGCGCGACCGUGACGCCAUCCACCCCGACCGCCGAGCAGCCGCUGCUGGCAGCGGAAGCUCUGGCGGCGCUUCAAGCGUCCAGCAAGUCCCACCGCCAACGGUGCGUCCGGGGCGUUUCAUCGAGGUCACUGCCAACGACCGUAUGGGAAGGAAAGUCACCGUCAAGUGCCUCCCAACGGACACUGUUGGCGACCUGAAGAAGUUGAUCGGCGCGCAGACGGGUACCGACUACCGCAAGAUUGUUCUCAAGAAAUGGUACACUGCGUUCAAGGACCACAUCGCGCUGCAAGACUACGAGAUCAACGAUGGAAUGAGUCUGGAGAUGUACUAG